ACACCCUCCUCCCUUCCCUGUUGUUGACGUACUGCCGACCCAUUUCUUGAUUUUUCUCACCCCUCCCCAGGAGCUGCCACAUGACCUGUCAAGUAGGAAGUGUUGAAGCUAGCGAGCAGCAGCAGGAACAGCGGCGGCACGAAACGCAACACAGAGGGGUAGCUGUGAAAUCUCCCGAGUCUCGUUCUCGACGCUUCUCUCAAGAUACGUUUACCCCCUCUCCACCCCUGUUGAAGCAGGCUCAGCAAUAAGUUGUCCGCAGUCAUGUACGUGAAGGUGGUGUUUUUCGCGGUGGCUCUGGCUCUGAUUGGCGCGGCGGUCGCGGCAGACUCAGAUGGAUGUUCCGAGCUAACUUCAUGUGAUAAAUGUGUGGAAGUCGCUGAAUGCCACUGGGGUAAUUGCUCAUCAAUUUUUGGCUGUUACAAUGGGACUCUAAAAGGAAACGACUCCUCCUGCAUCAACGCCAGCUGCUCUGGCUCUGUGAGUACGCCCAAUCCUACAACCCCCCAUACUACUGUUGUUCCCACCACCUCUAACAGCAACACCACAGAGAAUGGAACCAGUACUACUACUCCUACUACUACUCCCAAUCCACCAACGACACACUCAAACUCCUCGAGUACUUCUUCAACUGUAACUGUCACAACAGUCAGCCCGACAACCGCCCCUCACAAGAACUCGACCUUUGAUGCCGCAAGCUUCAUCGGUGGGAUAGUGCUGGUCCUGGGGCUGCAAGCCGUCAUCUUCUUCCUCUACAAAUUCUGCAAGUCCAAGGACCGCAACUACCACACCCUUUGAAAAGCUCGCACUUGACCUAUCCUCGCCAACUAGACCCUUUCAGAGAAAGCUCCCUGAUCAGCACACACUCAUCCACGUGGUCUCAAACAGUGUUUUCAAGCAGGUUAAUUUUGUAAUCAAUCAUCUUUGUGGCACUUGUGAUUCUAGCGUCCCUUAGUGCUGCUGUUGUAGUCACUAUAGAGGAACCCACGCAUGCCCGUAUGUGUGAUAAAUCAACAGCCAAACAGAUCCUCAGUGACGAGGCAUUCAGGCCUUGAGCAUAUGGAUUACAUCAUCCGGUAGCUGCUCCCACCUCCAUCAUGCAGUUACUCAUUUCUGCAAAGACCAUUUCCCAGUGAAUCUGAAAGGAAGGGGGGUUGUGUUAUUUACAGCCUUCCUUCUCAUACCUUCGUCAGUUAAAUAGGCCACAUAAGAGUUAAAAGAAUUAGCCAUGUAUACAAAGCGGCUCAGGAGUCGUACAGCUACAGAGGUCACGUUGAUUUGGAAACACUGUUUGAGAUCACAACUGCUCUUUAACACGACGACUUUGAUGAUUCAGUUUUGCUUUUGCCCUGUUAAAUUGUGGUUUCCUCCCCUCUGUGCAGCUGUAUUAUGUAUAUUUGUUCAUAGAUGAUGUAAAAGAGGCGGGGAUUCUUUUUUCUUUUUUUUUUUAUUUAAAAGGGGGAUAAAAGCAGAACCAAAUCAUCCAAUGUCGUGGAUAAAACAAAAAAACAGGCUUAUUUAUUGAUGGGUGUCUCCAGUAACAUUUAGGAGUGCUGUGUGUUUUCUCCUGCUGAAUCCUACCUUUCCAUCCUAAUAUUCAAGAUGUUAAAACACCAACUGCCAGCGGGGCAGCUCAGUGCAAUAAAUCAUGUAUCGAGCUCAUUUCCCAGCCAUUAAUCUCCCAAACUUCCUGAUCUUAACCGGUGUCAAAUUGUCCAUGCACGGGUUGCCAACGUGGAGCUGGCUGUUCUAUUCUGUGGAGUAAUUGAAAGGAUCAAAAAUUAAUGAUGGUAGAAUAUUUGUUAAAAACGAGAAUGGGGAAGUUUUGGGUUGUUGUUGUUUUUUUAAUAGUAAGUACAUUUCUUGAUGUAGACAGUGAAAGCAGUGAAGUGCCUUUAAUGUCCUAUAUGACUUAAAGAGAAGGAGGGGUGAGUGUUUAUUAGUUUAUAAGAGAGAGAGAACUGUAUCGCCGUGAGAACCAUCGUAUUGCAGCUGGACUGAAGAGCCUUUAAUGUUGGUGAAUACAGUAGAUGGUGAUAACAGGAGGGCCUGGGUCUUUUUUUGGGGGGUGGGGGGGGUCCACUGUAAGUUAAACAGAUAUUCAGUGCAUGAAACCCACAGUUACUUCAGUGGUAACUUUGUAGAAAGUACUUAAAGGUACUCUAGCAUCUAAUUUACCCUCUAAAAGCUCGCAAUUCAUGUUUUCCAACUUCAACCAGGGAGGG